UCUUGGAUUACGUUUUGUAAAGGGAGAAUUUACAUUUAUACACGUAUGUGGCGGAGGCAGACGCUGAAACAAAUUUAAAAGAAGAGAAACAGAGUUUAUCAAACAGACUCAUCUUUUAAAAAAAAGAAGAAAAAAAAAACUGAAUGCAAAUCAGUCGGAAGUGACGCGUAAGUGCAGGCAGGGAUUGUACUUUCCACGAUAUUACAUUGUAACAAUUAUCAGUUGCUGAGACUGUCGCCGCAGCACACAGAUCAAAUAAGAUACUGGAGUUUUCAUUUCUUUUUUUUGUUUUUCAAUAAUAAGGGCAGUUAAAACAAUGGGUCAAAUUGAAUGGGCCAUGUGGGCAAACGAACAGGCUCUAGCCGCCGGACUGAUUCUGCUAACAGGAGGCGUAGUGGGAGUUGCUGGGCAAUUUAAGGACUGGCAGUUUGCAGCCUAUGGAGUUGCUGCUGGUGUGUUCAUCUGUCUGUUGGAAUACCCGAGAGGGAAGAGGAAAAAAGGCACCAGCAUUGAGAGAACGGGUCAGAGGUACCUGACUGUUUGUGUCAAAGCAUUUGGUCCACUGACACGGAACUACUAUGUCCGAGCAGGCCUGCAUGCUGUUCUUUCUGUUCCAGGAGGGUUUAUGCUUCCCACAGUCCUUGGCUGUGUGUGUGUUGCGAUUGCCAGCCUCAUCUACCUGCUGGCUGCAAUCCGCGGAGAGCAGUGGGAACCCAUCAUGCCUCGAGUAGAGAGCAAGGAACGUCCUGGACAAAGCAUGAAGGAACCCCCCUCGAACCCACCCCCACGCCCCCCCGCAGAGCUCCGGAGGAAACGGCAAGAGGAUGCUGCGUAUGUCAACCCCAUUCCCAUCUCUGUCAACUCUGUUUAAGAGCACCUCCGAGGGGACCGUGUGACCAAGGGUGUGCGCAACCGAACAAUUGCUGCAGGCUGCACUGCAGGGGUCCCAGUUUACAGGAAUUCCUCUAGUUGACCAAAAAACAUAUUCUGUGGAAAUGUCCCUUGAAAAUGCUAUUAACCCCGGUACUGUUUAGAUUUCACCACGGGAAGGACACAAAAUGUUUUACCUUUAUACCCCCAGUUUUGCUUUGCUUUGUUUUGCAUUAAAAAUCAUUUUGGCAGUUUGGCAUUCUAGCAAGUAUCGGUUAUGAUGCAUUAAAAUCAUACUAAAUGUUUCUCAGUAGGAUCCUUUUGAACCAGUUUAUAUAUAUAUAUAUAUAAUAAUACUGAUGGAUCAUUAUUAAUAGAUUUUCUUGUUAAAAGGCAGAAGUUGAAUCAGAUUUGUUUGUAUUCUUACCAACAAUAAAUCCCAUUUGUACAUCAUUUAAGGAAAAUUAGUAAGACUACAUUUUGUUUGGGGGAUAAUCCACUGCUGGAUUUUCUGAGAUAUUUUACAGCACACGGCAAUCCUCUAGAUUUCAUUAACCGUUUUUUUUAGGGCUAAUCAUGGACAGGUGGUGGAUGCAAAUCCCCCCAGCUUUGGCUUAGGGUAAUCAAAUCAACCCCUUAGUGGGUUAUAGUUUAUGUAGUGAUAAUUUAAAGCAUUGGUGAUCGUCAAUGUUUUUAACCACUUCCCUACUAGUACUGCCUACCAGAGCAAAUUUUGUUUAUUAACAAAAUCGCAAUUGUUUUGCUGUAGUGUGCAUAGUAUAAAGGAACAACAUUGAUAUGUAGAAGUGAAAACAUUUUAAAAGUCAAGGAGUACUGAUUCUUUAUUACUAGUACUGAUGCUAGAUGGUACAAAAGUUAGUUUUGAUGUACGGCAGUAUCAUCUCUACUGGGUUGGCCACGCAGCUACUGUGUGGACAUGGACAGCAGGCUCAGAAGUGAAAUUGAGUCUUCUGUGGAAAUAACUAAAAUAGCUCUGUCUUUCGGGUGAGACGUAAAUUGUAAGAGACUCUGCAGCUGAUGCAUAGUUCACACACCCCAGUCUCUGUAAGUCGCCUUGGAUAAAGGCGUCUGCUAAAUAAACAAAUAAUAAAUAAUAAUAAUAGAAUGUUAUUUUAAACUUCUGUGAUAGUGCUUUUGAGUUUCAAAUGUACUUUUCUUUUUAAUCGCAAGUUCCUGCUCUCUCAUGUGUUGCAGUUAAACACUGGGAAGUCCCCUUUCUGUUAUAUUUUUAUUAAGCCUGUUUCCUGUUAAAACUGAAAAAAUAGCCAGUGUACCAAAUCAUUUGCAUGUAUAGUGUGCAUGACGACCUUAACUACAGCAGAUUCAAAUGUAACAAUACAUUUGAUCUGAAAGGGUACCCAAUAACCUGGGUACAUCUCGGGUGCCAUGUAUGUAAACCUGUCCUCUAUCGCCUUUUCCUACCUGUUUAUCAAAUACUUUUUAACAACCUCAUCUGCUGUAAUUGGUAUUUUACUAUACAUUGUUUUUUUCUACACAAUUUACCAAAGUAAGUAAAAUAAAAACGGUACAACGGGAAGGUUGAUAUAAUCCAGGGUGAUUCCUUAGUGCUGUAAAAUGGUAAAAAAAUACAUUUGUGUCUUUUCUCAAACAGGCAUAGGUUGAUCAAAUCAACCACCAGCAGGCUCAAAAAGCAAAAAAAAAAACAAACUCAAAAUGUCAGGAUGACUCAUUUCCCCAACAGGAUACCUGGUUUCUUUUUUUCAUAAGAGUUCCAGAAUUUUUCCAUGUUGAUUUGUACUGUAGUACAGUCCCAGGAGGAUUGCAGAUUGCCUUAUUCUAUGGUUGGAGUAUUAAAAUAAUUCUCUUUG